CGUGCGGUGUGUGCACUGUGCAGACAGUUGCAGUAUCUGCGGCACACGGUGGGCGUGCGACACCCUCACGCGGGCGUAUUGUGUAUUUUAUCCCCAGCGCCACUUUUUUUUAGUCGGUGCAAAGAAGCGUUUACAGACCUUGAUAAGACGCUAAAGAAAAAGAGGAAGAAGGAUGUUCUCUUCGUGGACAGUGAAGUCACCCGUGUGCGUUCACUGAUGAGGAUCUUUGGUCAGGAACAAGUGCAGCAAAUGGAUGGAAGAGCGGACCAACAGGAGUCCGCGGGUGCUUCUGAAAUCAUGCGCGUGCAGGAGAAGUCAGGAAGCGCCAGCGAACACGUUGACAUGGACUCUUGCCCAGUUUGCCACCUGAAGUUCCACAGCCGUGAACCCAGACUCCUGCCGUGUCUGCACUCUUUCUGUCACAGAUGUUUACCUUCUCCCUCCAGAGUCUUGGCCAUCACAGCGCUGCAAAACUCCGACACCAAACCACUGAAUGUGAUCCGCUGUCCGGUGUGCAGGCAGGAGUGUAUGGAGACGGAUGUGGUGGAAAACGUCUUUGUGAAGGACUCGGCUGAGGCUCCCAGCAGCACAGCAGCGGAGAGGACGCUCCAACUCUGCAUGACCUGUGAAGACAACACGGAGUCUGCUGGGUUUUGUGUGGACUGUGUCGAGUACCUCUGUGCCACAUGUGUGGAGGCCCACCAGAGGGUCAAAUUCACCAAAGACCACAACAUCAGACACAAGACAGAAGUAUCACAAGAGGUCCACGUCAUGUCGACUCAGAGGCCCGUGUUCUGUGACAUCCACAAACAAGAGCCGCUGAAGCUGUUCUGCGAGACCUGUGAUCAGCUAACCUGCCGUGACUGCCAACUGGUGAAGCACAAGGACCACAAUUACCAGUUUCUCGAAGACGCUUAUAAAAACCACAGACAGCACAUGGAGAGAGCGACCCUUCAGCUGCAGGAGAAAAAGAAACUAAUUGAAGACGUGUCAAACUCCAUAAACAAUGGGCUUCUUCGGGUUGAUCAGAACCGUACAUCUGUUCACGAUGAAAUACAAAAGUCCAUCUGCAGUUUGAUUGUCGAGAUAAACAAGAAGGGCAAUAUGCUAAUUAAUCAGCUCGAGGCUGUAACAAAGGAUCACGAGAGUGUUUUGCGAAAACAACAAGAAGACGUUGGCUAUCUGUCCAGACACCUGGAUCAUGUCAUCAAAUUUACCAAAUGGGCCACAGCCAAGAACGGGGGCACGGGCUUUUUGUACACUAAGCGGCUGAUUCUGUUUCAGAUUGAAAACCUCCUUCGGGCAAAAUGCAGUACCUCAUUUAUACCACAGAGCACUGUUCACUUCCAGUGUCGAUCCUUGUAUUGGGCCUCAAAUAUUGAUCUGGGCUCUUUAGUGAUAGAGAGCAUACCAGGCCACCAGCUGGUUGGUUUUCAGGGUAUCCCUCAUCAGCUGUCCCACCAUGGGCACGCGCCCUCAGGCUCACCCCGCAGCUUUGCUCUCGGAGCUCCAGUUAAUACUCUAGCUCAGCUCCAGUUACAGGUGGACAAGCUGAACCCACAGGCCCUCUGGCAGCCACAGGCUCCUCCUUCACCGUGGUCGUGGUACCAGAGUGUUCGACUUCAACGUACAGUACCAGGGCCUCUGCAGGGAGGCUCUCCCUCCCACAUUGGGCCGCCUCAACCAGGCCGUAGGUUUACGGCGCCUCCCCCCAACCACACCAGUCCAACAAGCUCUGCACCGAGUCCUGGGUUUACACCCCGGCCUCUGAGGACCGUGGUUAGCAGCUCCAGGUACCAAGAUAACCCUGUGGAUGUAGCUUCCUCUUCACCGUUGUAUUCACAAGUCACACCAUUGCCCGUCAUUGGCGGCGUGAGUUCAUCUCAGUCAGGACAGACGAUUGAGCCCACGUAUCUGAACAAGAGCGAUAUGCUGCAGCCAAACUGUCCCCAGAGCCUCCCGCCUUCCUUGACACACAGAAAUGUGCGAGGGCGACAGACUUCGCCAGAGUACUUUCAAGUGGAGAAGUCAUGGACUGUUUCUUGGAAACCUCCAGAAACACAACAGGCGAGUGGAGUGACGGGCUCAGCUGUCAAGAAGAGACGAAGGUCGUCGCCAGGGCCUGCCAUUGUCAUCAAAGAUGAGCCAGAAGAUGACAGUAACUAUGUGCAAAACAAACAAAGAGCCAGUCUUCCCGACAGCACUGGUGAACAACACCCACAAGUCAGUGCACAAGGUCCUCCUCAGAGUUCAGACGACAAACUCCAAAGCCUGUCAAAGCCUCCAAGCGGACCAUGGGACCAGAGGAGGGCGAGAGAACAGCAAGUAGACCUAAAGAAAGCACAAGCAGAAGACUCUAAUGAAGUCUUGUGUGCUGUGUGUCAGAGUGGAGGCGACCUGGUGUGCUGCGGAAGGUGUCUCAGAGUGUUUCACCCCGUGUGCCAUGUUCCGUCUCUCCUCAAAUCUCCCAGUGGGAAGUGGUUUUGCUCUUUCUGCCGCGAUCCGUCGACGCCCGAGAUGGAGUACGAUUGUGACAGCAGACCCGAGACGAAAACAGUAAAACAGGAAUUUGACUCGGAAGGAGAAUUCCCUACUGAGGACAGACGAAAGUGUGAGAGGCUGUUGCUGCACUUACUUUGCAAUCACCAGAGUUCAAACCUGCGAGAGACUGGACCCCCCUCGGCAUGUGCUAAUAACAGUCCGACUAUAAAUGGGCAGAUGAGUCUUUUAACUGUGAGGAGACGACUGGAUGCUAAACACAGUCUGUACUACCAAAGCACUGCAGAGUUUGUAUCCGACAUCAGGCUCAUCUUCAGGAAUGGUGGAGUCCUCAACGAGGCAAACACAGAGGACACCACGGCAGGCCGGAAGCUUAUGGAGUUCUUUGAGGAGCGCCUGAUGAUGCUCUUUUCUGACCAAAGCUUCCCAGAAAUAAAACUGGAGAUAAAACCUGCUGACCACUCAGACUCUCAAGUUUCAUCUCCUGACAAAAUGUCCCAGCGCACAUGUUCAUACUCCCAGGAUACGCCAAACGGUUUCAAUGGAGACGAGGCAGUAGUAUAAAAGCACAAAUGCUCCUAAUGCUUUUAAUACGAAAACUACCAGCACCAGCUAUUAUGCGGUGUGUGGAACUUUUAUUACAGACAUUUAUGACACAUAUUUGAAGUCGUUACAUGAUGACAAAAUUGGAACCAGGUCACCAAAAACUUCUGGUAUAACACAGGAAAGACCAUUUAAUCAAAACAGGAUUUAUAGUUGGACGCACAUGAGGUACUUCCUGGAUACAACUGAAUCCAGUCUAGUUUUUGUACAUGAAAAUCAUUCAUUCAUUCUUACCUUAUGUCUUAUUACAGUGAACCGACCGCUGCUUUGGUCCCGUCUGGUAGGUUUUCCUGUUGUGUGCACCAUGUGUGAAUAAAGCAGUGAUUAGAAAAGGGUGAUAAUUACAAGCCUUAUUGUUUGCGGUGUAUUUAAUGGGGACUAAAAUGGGUUAUAACCCGCCCCCGCUUACCCCAGAGGCAAGUCAAAUGGCAACAUAAAGGGAACAUGCCGAAACAGUUUUUAUGAAACCACAGACCAUUUCAAAUGUCACACACGUCAUGCAAUAUAUCUCUUUUCUUAACGUGGAGCAGAACUGCACAUCUAAUGUUAUAAAUGUGAAAUGUCUUUAGGUCCUCUAUAUACAGUAUGUUAUCUGUGUAUGAAUUUAUA